AUGGAGGAAUGGAGGUAUGUUGAGGCCAUCAGCAACAAGCAGAGCGAGCUGGACAACUACAUCGCAGAGGGCUACAAGAACGCUCUGUCGGAGGAGAGGAGGAGGUACUGCUUCCUGGUGGACCGUCAGUGUGCUGUGGCCAAGACCAGCAGCGUCUACCACAACAAGGGAAAGGAGCUCUUAUCUCAGAAGAUCCCGAUGUGGCAGCAGGCGUGUGCCGAACCCAACAAGCUGCCAGAUCGUGCCAUGUUUCUGGCCCAGCAGAUGAGCGGUAUGGUGGGCACCAUGGCUCCCGGUGCUCUUCAUCCAGGCAUGCCCAUCGCUGAGUCCAUCCCUGGUGCUAAACCUCUGCCGGUGCCUCCGGAGCUGGCAGCGUUCAGGGCCAGUGGGGGAAUGGGACAGCAGAGGCUGAUGGGAGGAGUGGAAGCAGGGAUGCCGGUGCUGAACGGCACGUCCGGCGCCCACGGAGGAGAAGACUACCAGCAGUGGAUGGAGGGCAAAGUGGCCCAGGGCAAGGCCUCGCCCCAGACCCAGCGGCACGGAGGGGAGGUCUACUCCAACACCCUGCCGGUGCGCAAGGCCGCCCCCGCCAAGAGCAAGACCACGCUGAUGGAGACUCGCACUCUGCCCCGGUCCAGCUCCAUGGCUGCAGGGCUGGAGAAAAACGGGAGAACUUGUGUCCAGGCCAUCUUCUCUCACGCAGCCGGUGACAACAGCACCCUGCUCAGCUUCUCUGAGGGCGACGUCAUAACCCUGCUGGUCCCCGAGGCCCGUGAUGGGUGGCACUACGGAGAGAACGAGAAGACGAGGAUGCGUGGCUGGUUUCCCUUUUCCUACACCAGGGUGAUCUCUGACGGUGACAGUGACUCCAUGAGGCAACUUCGGGCACACAACCUCAAUCACGGGAAGAGCAGCAGCACAGGGAACCUUCUAGAGAGGGAAGACAUGGCUCUGCCCGUCCCUGAUUACGGCAUCCACGCCCGCAUGGCAGCACCGAGCGCCGCAGCGCUGCACGGCAGACAACAACGCCCCUACAGCGUGGCAGUGCCAGGCUCCUCACAGCACGGAGUUGAAGAGUACGAGCCUCGUUUCCCCACAAGUUCCACAGAGGGCAAAUUGAUUUCCACAGUGUGAGGACAGACAGACAGACAGACUCAGCCAGACGAUGCAAUAGGACAGGCACCUCGCUGCCCUUCAACCGACCCCCUCCCUCCCCUCUGUCCUGCCUCCCUCCCUCCCUCCUGCUUAUGGCAAUAAACUCUUCCCCAAGUUGAUCAAUGCCACGAAGACGCUCGGUUGUUUGUCUUCUCCCCUCUCUGAGCCUCACCCCCUUUUCCUCAGUCCUGCCUCGUCCAUAUCCUCCCCCCUUUCUGGACCUCACCCCCCUCUCCCCUUUUCCACCAAUCCUGCCUUGUGCUGUCUGACCGUCCGGUAGCCACGCCGGGCCGCUGGUGGAGCCUGGGCGCAGAGCCACGCCCAGCCAGACCCGAAUAAAAUGGACUCUGUGCCAUCCGAAUAUUCAAAAUCAAAGUGAUGGACAUUUUCUCUGAGGAAAAGUGUAUCUUUUGCUUGUCUUUCAUGCAUGUACAUUUCCUUUAUUUACCACCGGGAUUAUCUCUCCCCACCGAAGGAACCUGGUUCUCACAAAUGUCCCUCCAUCACGACGAUGUAAAGGAUUUAUGUAAAUCAGGGUGUAAGUUGAUCCCAAAGAGGAUUUUCAUGAUGUAAAAACGACAUUACAAUCAAAACCUUUACUGAUUCUCUCAGUAUUUAACAGUAAUAACUUUGUUUUGUACUCUGAGAUAAGAGUUUAUGUAUCACGAGUAGUGAACCGAUAAUUCAAUGUUUGAACGGAGACGGUGUAAUGGGAAUGUUUACUGUACAUAAAUGUGCCAUAUACAGAAGUGCUUGUCUUAAAGUAUCUAUGAUCAGUUCAUAACCAAAUGCACCUUAUAAAAGUAAUAGUCUAUAUUUCUGACUUCCUGUGAACAGAGUAUCGGUCUCAUCGUCUGUAACGGAGGGCGACUGUGUUCAGACACACAAACACUGGUGCUCGGGCUCCUUCCUCUAUUUAUUGUGAUGUGUGAAUAUCAUGCCGAGGCUGAAUGGGGUCAACGAACCCUCGUCCCUGACAGACACAAGGCUCAGAGUUGGUUUAGUAAUGAAACGCACUGAAAUUAAAAAUAUCAGAAUUGGUUUGGUCGGUUUUAAAGUAGAAAAGUUUCAUAUUUGGUGGUUGCAGCUUUUAAAAUUCAGCUUUUACUGAUUGUAAAUUUUAUUUAUUUAAUUUUAGACUGUUGCUUAAACAACAAACUCAAAUUAAAGACUUUUAGAAUUUGGAUGAAUUUUUUUAUUAUCUUUUUUAAAGUCAAAAGUUGUUCAUGCAUGAAAGAAAAGACAACUGGUACUCCCGUUUGGCCCCGUGCACAUGGUCUCAAACAUCGCUUCUUAUUUCCAAACACUUUUUCUAUCUUUUCGUGCCUCUUAUUGAUGUUUUCAUGGCAAAUGAGUCUGAAAAUCAUCUGGAUCCAGAGGAAUGAACGAUGCAUCUGGUGUUUCGUGAUAAGUGUGUGGUCUAACUAUACCACGCAGCCUUGAUGAGCAGAGGAGGUGACUCCAUGUUGAAACCUCAUUCAGCCUCCUUGUUCUUGUGCUCUUUGCAAUUAAAGGCGUGAUUUUAAAAACCUCAGUGAGUAGAAAGCAUCGUGUUUUGCAGAAAAAAAGAAGUUUGUCUGAUUCUCUCUGUGCUGAAUAAAGAAGCUGCUCGUCUUUAUGUCGGUCCAGUUAGUGCCUGUCUUCUAACCACUGUCCCUCUGUCGGCAUCUGAUGUCCCCUAACCACCAUUUAGUUUCUCUCAGCUUUUAAAUCUCAUGCGUUUUGAAACAUUUAGAAAAAAGAGAGAAGGUGAAAAUGUAAACUGUGCAGCUCUGCUCUGCCUCCUACUUUGCAAAAAUGUCUGCACCAGAUAUUUAAUAUAUAUAAUAUAUAAUGAAGAGUCUCAAAAUGUUUUUUUCUUUAAAUUAAUGAAAAAGUGAUGCAGAAACUUUCCCUCAACAAUUGUUAAAAUUCCAGAUCCUGUUUCCUUUUUCACUUUAAAAGAAAAAUGUUUUCAGACUUCACGUGAGACCUCUUUGCAUCGUAGAGACGUGUCCUCUCUGUGUCUGCUGUCUCUUCUCUCUCCGGUUUGUCUGUGACCUAACACUCGUCUCCCCCCUCAGCUUUGCCAACGCUCCUUUUUUUCCGUCUCUGUUUUGAUAAAUUUAGAAACAAAAGUCGAGCACAAACGACUGGAAGCUGCCAGUGUUUCUUCUUUCUCCACUAAAAUAAGUCCAAGGUACGACUGCCACCGCUGCAGAGACAGCACACCAAUCACCUGUGGCCAAAAAACUCCUGCAUCGACUGAUGUGCUUUUAUUUUGAUGAGUUUUGUUGUGAAAGGAAAAAAAGAACCUGAAUAUUGUACAGAGACUUUAUGUGCAUGCUUUGGGGGCGCCAAGAAGUGUAAAGUUGAGGACCUCAAAUGUAUGGUGAAUUUAUAAAUUAAAAAAGUCUAAAAUAAAUUUAUUCAGCCGAA